UUGAGGGACUAGACAGUGGUAGCUGGUUGAGGAGGGGGGCUUAGUUUAGCCCCUCCCGCCCCCACAUAAGAUCCAUCACUGCUUUUAGGCUAUACGGCGUAAGCAAUAACUUGACAAUUGACAAACAUACAUCCACCCAGCGCCCAACGAGGCAAAUCGGCAGAAAUUGGCGCCUCGUUGCACCCUCCGUUCGAGCGCCUUUGUUAUUAGAGAGAGAGAGAGAGAGAGAGAGAGAGAGAGAGAGAGAGAGAGAGAGAGAGAGAGAGAGAACAAUGACGGCAGUUUCCUGGUCACCCCCUUCCCUGCUCGCCCUCCUUGCGCUUCUGCUUCUCGGAGCCUUCUCACCUGCACCUACCGCGGCAGCGCGCUCCUCCAGGCACAAGCCGUUCCCACUCGCGCCUCCGCACCUGCAAGCUCUUCGGCAGCAGCACCGAGCAAGUGGCUGGGGUGGCAAGUACAUCACCGCCGCCGAUGGCAGCAGUAGCACGGCGGCGAAGCCGUUCACGGCGCACUACUUCCCGCAGGAGCUGGACCACUUCACCUUCACGCCCAACGCGUCGGCGGUCUUCUCCCAGAAGUACCUCGUCAACGACACCUUCUGGCAGAGGCCCGGCGGCGCGGCGAAGGCCGGGCCGAUGUUCGUGUACACCGGCAACGAGGGCGACAUCGAGUGGUUCGCCACUAACACCGGCUUCAUGUUCGACGUCGCGCCCAAGUUCGGCGCCCUCCUCGUCUUCAUCGAGCAUCGGUUCUACGGGGAGUCGAAGCCGUUCGGGAACGACUCGUACAAGUCCCCUGAGACGCUGGGAUACCUGACGUCGACGCAGGCGCUCGCCGACUUCGCCAUCCUCAUCACCAGCCUCAAGCAGAACCUCUCCGCCGAGGCCGCCCCAGUCGUCGUCUUCGGCGGCUCUUACGGUGGCAUGUUGGCAUCUUGGUUCAGGCUCAAGUAUCCCCAUGUCGCCAUUGGGGCCCUGGCAUCCUCCGCGCCAAUCCUGCAGUUCGACUACAUAACGCCAUGGACCAGCUUCUACGAUGCCGUCUCACAAGACUACAAGUCUGAGAGCUUGAACUGCUUCAGUGUCAUCAAGGCAACUUGGGAUGUGCUAGAUGAGAGGGGAUCCAGUGACACAGGGCUCCUGGAGCUCAGCAAAAUGUUCAGAGCCUGCAAGACUGUGAAAUCGGUUUAUUCGUUCCGAAACUGGCUAUGGACAGCAUUCACGUACACUGCCAUGGUGGACUAUCCAACCCCGGCAAAUUUCCUGGAGAAUCUGCCUGCCUACCCCGUCAAGGAGAUGUGCAAGAUCAUCGAUGGAUUCCCCGCAAGCGCCGACAUCCUGAACAAGGCUUUCGCAGCGGCAAACCUGUACUAUAAUUACACAGGAAACCAGACAUGCUUCCAGAUCGAGGAUGGAGAUGACCCUCAUGGCCUCAGUGGCUGGCAAUGGCAGGCUUGCACAGAGAUGAUCAUGCCGAUGUCGAUCUCGAAUGAGAGCAUGUUCCCACCAUACACCUUCAGUUACGAUGAUAAGUCCGAGGACUGCUUUGUGAGCUGGGGGGUUCGGCCGAGACCGCAUUGGAUCACUACUGAAUAUGGUGGAUAUAAAAUUGAUAAGGUGCUCAAGAGGUUUGGGAGCAACAUUAUCUUCUCCAACGGAAUGCGAGAUCCGUGGAGUCUAGGAGGGGUGCUCAAAAACAUCUCAUCCAGCAUCGUUGCCCUUGUCACAGAGAAGGGAGCUCAUCAUUUGGACUUAAGAUAUGCAACAAAAGAUGAUCCAGACUGGGUUAUAGAACAAAGGAGACAAGAAGUUGAAAUCAUACAGGGAUGGAUAGAUCAGUAUCAUCAGGACAUGGCACAAAUAUCUUCCUGAGGAAAAUUGCUGUUACAAUCAAGGAAAACAAAUAUUUGGAUCCAUCGAAAAGAUAAAAGAAAAAGGAGAUUUCCUUCUUACACAGCAUGAUCAACACGUCAAGUUAAGAUAACAUACGGUGAAGAGUCAAUAAGUUAUGUCAAAGAGCAUCAGAAACUGUAAAACUUGAACAGUCUUACAUGAAUCAUGAAUGAAAGGUUCAUUCUAAGAUUCUGUUUCUGAAA